AGCCGCCGGGGAAGGCGCCAUGUCCCUCCUGUGCGUGCGCGUUAAGAGAGCCAAGCUCCAUGGCCCCCCAGAAAAGUUCAACACGUAUGUGACCUUGAAAGUGCAAAAUGUGAAGAGCACCACUGUCUCUGUCCGAGGGGACCAGCCAUGCUGGGAGCAGGACUUCCUCUUCGAGAUCAGCCGCCUGGACCUGGGCUUGAUCGUGGAGGUGUGGAACAAAGGGCUGAUCUGGGAUACGAUGGUUGGGACAGUGUGGAUUGCGUUGAAGGCCAUCCGCCAGUCGGAUGAGGAAGGCCCGGGGGAGUGGUCGACGCUGGAGGCAGAGGUCCUGCUGAAGGGCCAGGAGGUCUGUGGCACCAGGAACCCAACUCCUCACAAGAUCCUGCUGGAUGCACGCUUCGAGUUGCCCUUUGACAUCCCGGAAGAGGAAGCCAAAUACUGGACAAGAAAGUUGAAGCAAAUGAACUUCUUGGAAGAAGGGGAUGAGCAUUUGUUCGGGGAAGAUGUCGAGGACCAGCCGCUGCCACCGGCUCCCUCCCAGUGCUGCACCUGGAAUUAUUUUGGAUGGGGAGAUGAGCAGACUUCCGAAGACCACGACAGUGCCGUGGAGGACCGGGACAGCGACUACCGCAGCGAGACCAGCAGCAGCAUGCCCCCACCCUACCACACCACCUCCCAGCCCAACGCCUCCGUCCACCAGUUCCCCGUGGCCUCUCGUCUGCAGCAGCAGGGGGUCUCCCGAGAGGCUGGCCUGGAGGCCACACGUGGCUAUGAGCGGGAGCACCAGAAGCGCACAGCCGUCAGAUAUGAUAGCUUAGACUCCACCCUGAGUGGCCGGUCUGAUCUGGAGUCUGCCUCAGAGUCUAGUCAAGUGACCAGCCGCCGGUUGUCGCUAGAAAGCCGCCACUCUCUAGAGCUGUCGGAUAGUCCCGCCAGCAGUGUUAGGUUUGGCUCCUCCUGUGACAUCAGCCAAGAGAGUUCUCGGCUAAGUGAGCUGGAACGCUCUCAGGGGAGUGCCGCCAACUCGGAACACGAGGAGGAGGAGGAAGAGGAGGAGCGUCGUCAAGGGGUGCUGCCCAUCCGCCACCAGAAGGAGGCCCACGGAUUGCCCCACGAACAGCAGGAGUCGCAGGUGGCACGAGCUGGCAGAGAGCAGGUGCUGCUGGAGAGCGAGGAGGCAGGGAAAAGAGAGCCCGCGGUGCUGAGCCCCCCUCCAGAAGAUGAGAAGCCCAAGGAAGUAUCUGAGAAGCCACCUGACAGCUACCCCGAUGCAAGCGACCCUCCAUUGUUUGCCCCAGCAAGAGCCCGCUGGAUUCGUGCCAUUAGCAAAGUCCGGCUGCAGUUCCAGGAGGGACAGGAUGACGGGAACCUGCCAAAGUCACCGUGGCUCAAAGCGGGGCCAGCCGGCGGCCUCUACGGCAUCGACAGCAUGCCUGACCUACGCAAGAAGAAGCCCCUUCCGCUUGUCAGCGACCUGUCGCUGGUCCAGUCCCGGAAGGCCGGAAUUACCUCAGCUAUGGCCACAAGGACGUCUCUGAAGGAUGAGGACCUGAAAUCCCACGUCUACAAGAAGAGCCUGCAAGCCUUAAUCUACCCCAUUUCCUGCACGACCCCCCACAACUUCGAGGUGUGGACGGCCACCACCCCUACGUACUGCUACGAGUGCGAGGGGCUGCUGUGGGGCAUCGCACGGCAGGGGAUGCGCUGCACCGAGUGCGGAGUCAAGUGCCACGAGAAGUGCCAGGACCUGCUCAAUGCUGACUGCUUGCAGAGAGCGGCGGAGAAGUGCUCCAAGCAGGGGGCUGAGGAUCGCACUCAGAACAUCAUAAUGGCCAUGAAAGACCGCAUGAAGAUCCGGGAGAGGAACAAGCCUGAGAUCUUUGACCUGAUCCGAGAGGUCUUUGGUGAGAGCAGGAUGGCCCAUGCCCAGCAGAUGAAAACGGUCAAGCAGAGUGUGCUGGACGGCACCUCCAAGUGGUCAGCCAAAAUCACCAUCACAGUUGUCUGUGCGCAAGGCCUGCAAGCAAAGGACAAAACAGGGUCCAGCGAUCCUUACGUCACUGUCCAAGUUGGCAAAACCAAGAAGCGGACAAAAACCAUUUUUGGCAACCUGAAUCCCGUCUGGGAGGAGAAGUUCCACUUCGAGUGCCAUAACUCUUCUGAUCGGAUCAAAGUGCGGGUCUGGGAUGAGGACGACGACAUCAAAUCCCGCGUCAAGCAGAGGCUUAAGCGCGAGUCGGAUGAUUUCCUGGGUCAGACCAUCAUCGAGGUGCGCACGCUGAGUGGGGAGAUGGAUGUCUGGUACAACCUCGAAAAAAGAACGGAUAAAUCUGCCGUGUCGGGUGCCAUCCGCUUGCAGAUCAGCGUGGAAAUCAAAGGUGAAGAGAAGGUGGCCCCUUACCACGUCCAGUACACCUGCCUUCAUGAGAACCUCUUUCACCACCUGACAGACGUCCAAGGGAGCGGGGUGGUGAAGAUUCCCGAAGCCAAAGGAGACGAUGCCUGGAAGGUUUACUUUGACGAGACGGGCCAGGAGAUCGUGGAUGAGUUUGCAAUGCGCUAUGGGAUCGAGUCCAUCUAUCAGGCCAUGACGCACUUUGCAUGCCUCUCCUCCAAGUACAUGUGUCCUGGCGUGCCAGCCGUGAUGAGCACCUUGCUGGCCAACAUCAACGCUUACUAUGCCCACACCACCGCCUCCACCAACGUGUCUGCCUCAGAUCGCUUUGCUGCCUCAAACUUUGGGAAAGAGAGAUUCGUGAAGCUUCUGGACCAGCUCCAUAAUUCUCUCCGCAUUGAUCUGUCCAUGUACAGGAACAAUUUCCCAGCCAGCAGCCGGGAGCGCUUGCAAGACUUGAAAUCCACCGUGGAUCUGCUGACGAGCAUCACCUUUUUCAGAAUGAAGGUCCAGGAACUGCAAAGCCCGCCUCGCGCCAGUCAGGUGGUGAAGGACUGCGUCAAGGCCUGCCUGAACUCCACCUACGAGUACAUCUUCAACAACUGCCAGGAGCUGUACAGUCGGGAGUACCAGAUGGACCCUAACAAAGCUCAGGAUGUGCCUCCAGAGGAGCAAGGCCCCUGCAUCAAGAACCUCGACUUCUGGCCCAAGCUCAUCACCCUCAUCGUCUCCAUCAUCGAGGAGGACAAGAACUCCUACGCCCCGGUCCUCAACCAGUUUCCUCAGGAGCUGGCCGUGGGGAAGAUCAGCGCCGAAGUCAUGUGGAACCUCUUUGCUCAGGAUAUGAAAUACGCCAUGGAAGAGCAUGAGAAGCACCGGCUCUGUAAGAGCGCUGACUACAUGAACUUGCACUUCAAAGUGAAGUGGCUGUACAACGAGUACGUCUGCGACCUGUCGCCCUUUGAGGGGAAAGUGCCCGAGUACCCGGCGUGGUUCGAGCAGUUUGUCAUGCAGUGGCUGGAUGAGAACGAAGACGUGUCUCUGGAGUUCUUGCACGGAGCCCUGGAAAGAGACAAGAAGGACGGGUUCCAGCAGACGUCGGAGCACGCCUUGUUCUCCUGCUCCGUGGUGGACGUCUUCACCCAGCUGAACCAGAGCUUUGAAAUCCUCAAGAAACUGGAAUGCCCUGACCCGGUCAUCGUGGCCCGUUACAUGCGGCGCUUUGCCAAGACCAUCGGAAAGGUGCUGAUGCAAUACGCAGACAUCGUCUCCCGGAGCUUCCUGUCCUACUGCUUCAAGGAGAAGCUGCCCUGCAUCCUGAUGAACAACAUCCAGCAACUACGGGUGCAGCUGGAGAAGAUGUUUGAGGCCAUGGGCGGGAAGGAGCUGGAUCCGGAAGCCAGCGACUCCCUCAAGGAGCUGCAGGUGAAGCUGAACAACGUUCUGGAUGAGCUCAGCACAGUCUUUGGCAACAGUUUCCAGAGCCGGAUCGACGAGUGUGUCAAGCAGAUGUCAGACAUCCUGUGCCAAGUGAAGGGGGCCGGGAACGCCCCUCCCAACAUCGUGGCCCAAGAGGCAGACAAUGUCCUGCGGCCCUUGAUGGACUUCCUGGAUGGAAACCUGACUCUGUUUGCGGCCGUCUGUGAGAAGACCGUGCUGAAGCGGGUGCUGAAGGACCUCUGGCGGGUGGUGAUGAAUACUCUGGAGAAGAUGAUUGUCUUGCCGCCGCUGACAGACCACACGGGGACCCAGCUGAUUUUCAGUGCUGCGAAGGAGUUGGGACAUUUGUCGAAGCUGAAGGAUCACAUGGUCAGGGAGGAGACCCGGAACCUCACCCCGAAGCAGUGCGCCGUGCUGGAGCUGGCCCUUGACACCAUCAAGCAAUAUUUCCAUGCCGGCGGGAAUGGCUUGAAGAAGACGUUCUUGGAGAAGAGCCCCGACCUGCAGUCCCUGCGCUAUGCCCUCUCCCUCUACACCCAGACCACAGACACCCUCAUCAAGACCUUUGUCCAGACGCAGACCACGCAAAUGCAUUGUGGGAAAGGUAUUAGGUUCACGGCUAACGAGGAUGCUCGGUCGGAGAAGGGCUCUGGAGCAGAUGACCCCGUGGGGGAAGUGUCUAUCCAGAUUGACCUCUACACCCACCCCGGCACUGGAGAGCACAAAGUCACAGUCAAAGUGGUGGCAGCCAACGACCUGAAGUGGCAGACCUCGGGCAUGUUCCGUCCCUUUGUGGAGGUCACCAUGAUUGGGCCACACCAAAGCGACAAGAAGCGGAGGUUCACCACCAAGUCCAAGAGCAACAACUGGACUCCAAAGUACAACGAAACAUUCCACUUCCUGCUUGGGAACGAGGCCGGGCCAGACGCUUACGAGCUGCAGAUCUGCGUGAAGGACUACUGCUUUGCCCGCGAGGACCGCAUCCUAGGCAUCGCUGUGAUGCAGCUCAGGGACGUGGCGGAGAAGGGGAGCUGCGCGUGCUGGUGCCCGCUGGGGCGCAGGGUGCACAUGGACGACACGGGGCUCACCGUCCUGCGCAUUCUCUCGCAAAGGACCAACGAUGAGGUGGCCAAGGAGUUUGUCAAGCUGAAGUCGGAGUCCCGCUCGGCGGAGGAAGGGAGCUGAGCCCCCCCGCCCUGCAGGCCACGCUCCGUGCACCUCGUGCCAAGAAACACAGCACUUUGCCCUCUGCGA